AUACUGAAUACUGAUUACCGGCAUCUUAUAUUUUUUGUUCGGUGUUUACUGUUUAUAAUUUAUAUCAUUUAUCUUCUGUAAAUCUCUUAUAAGCAUUAUUUUGUCAUGCGAUUUUACUUGCUUUGAAAUUUUAUAUUUUCAUUUAACAGUUUACGAUGACUUCAGUGGAUUUUAAUGACAUUGUGUUACCGGGGAAUGACGUCUCUCAUAUAAUUCUUAAAGGAGACACUUGUAAAAGAAGUGAAAAAACCAUUGGUCCUGGAUUGAAGAGUGUCGACAACAAAAUAAUCGUAUGUAACGGUGGAGUACUCAGGUGUAAAGAUGACAAAUACUUUUGGAUAGAAUAUUUUAAAAAAAAAUACAUACCGGCUAAGGACGACGUUGUAGUGGGAAUAGUCGCCGCUAAAACAUCUGAAAUGUAUAAAGUUGAUAUUGGAGCUUCCGAAUUAGCGACUCUUCCAUACUUAGCAUUCACUAACGCUACAAAAAAAAAUAGACCUGAUAUCAAAGUGGGGAAUGUUGUAGCUGCUAAGAUUAAAACGGCAACGCCAUUUAUGGAAUCUGAAAUCAGUUGUGUAGAAUAUGCCAACAGCAUAAUUCUUGGUCACUUAGAAAAUGGUUUUUUGAUUAAUGUUAGUUUAAAUUAUGCAUUAAGACUAAGGAGAUCAAAUUCAAAAUUACUUUAUCAUCUUGGGCAGAUGGUUCCCUAUGAAAUUGUUAUUGGGGCAAAUGGAAAGAUUUGGAUUAAUAGUUCUUCGAUACGAACAACAAUCGCUAUAGGAAAUGCUGUACUAAAUGCAGAACAUCUAGAGGAAGAAGAUAUUCCACAGUUAGUCAAGAAUUUUAAUAAAAGUUUAAAUGUUUAAAAAUUGUAUUUAUUAACUAUUUUUUAUUGUAAACUUACCAUUUGAUCAAUAUAAAAUAAUUAUGAUUUUUUUUAAGAUUUAAGAGCUAUUUAUAUUAUAGGUACUAUCCGAAGACCUUAAAACAGUUUAUGGUAUAUACAUAGAUAUUGAUUAGUAGAAUAUAUUAUAUUUAUAUUCUAUAGAUCUAGAAUCUAAACCCUUGUAAAUUAAUAAAAUAAUGAAUUAUUGUAUUAUUCAAUAUGUAUAAGACAAUCAAAAUCACAAGUACAAUAAAUUUUUUUAAUGUUUGACCAACAAAUAACAUGUUGUACUGUAAGUAUGGGAUUUAAUAUUGGUAUUUAGAAAUCAUUAGUUAAGUAUAGUUUAAAAUGUCAUUCUAAUGAAAUAAAAAUAUAUCUUAUAAAAACAUUCAAUAGUUCCCAAAAUGCUACUUUGUCAAUUUUUAACUAAUUUAACAUAAGUUUUUAUACCUAUUUGUUAUUAUUUAACCCAUUCUCUCAUAAAAACAAAAUAUAAGAGAGUAAUGUUCCAGUUCUAUGUUAUAAAGAUAGGUAUUUAAAGAAUAAAAACAUCUAAUCUGAUCACUUUUAAUUUUAAUACAGUAAUUUAUAAAUUGAUUAUGAAUAAGCUUAAUUGUUAUAAUGUAUACAAAGGCAAUAGAUGUAUAAAAUUAUGUACACGUUUGUCAAUAACUCGCAGAGAAAAUGGAAUCAAAAUAUAAACAAUAGUUAUAAAACCAGGAUCUUAAUUAAUUGUAAAUAAAAGAAAUUAAUUAUCUACUAAUCCAUAACUAAAUCAUUGGUAUGAAACUACCGAAAAUAACCACUUAAAAAGAGUACAAUUUUAUAAUAUUGAGUGUUGUGAUUGCAGUUAUUAAGAAUUAUCUAUAAAUUUUAAUUAAUGGCACCAAAACAGUUUAUAUUCUGAUAGAGUAAUUGCCUAUAUGGUCAUAACAUGAUAAGAGAGUAAUAGUGGUUAAUUUUCAGAAAAAUAAACAGAAUAUUAUAUACAAUAUUGAAUGUCCUGCAAAACAUUUUUACUUUAACGCUACAGUCAUAGAUAAGUACAAAUUUAACACAUAUGUACUACUCAUUACAUACAUAAUGUAUCUGAAAAUUGUCCAGCUGAUUUUAUCAAACCACAGUAUCUUAUCAGCUUAUAUAUAAUAUUUUUGUUGAAUUAAGUAUGCUAAAGAAUUUACAACAUUAU